AAAAAGCGCAGAGAGGCGCAGGAGCUCCAGACGCGGGAGGAGGACGCGGCGGUCCGCUGCGCUCCAAAUACGGUCAGACAGGCGAGCAGCACUUUUAGCUUGUUAUCGAGAGCUUAUUAGAAGAGUGUGUGGCGGAAUAAGACGCAGCUGAUAUUCCCGGAGCGUUUCGCGUGCGCAACUGCAGCACGGCAACUUCAGAAACAUCAAGCAGAACAAGUUCUCCAAAAUCUGAGCACCAUGGCAUCGGUCCCCAGCAGCCAAGUCAAAUGCAAGUUCAAGAGGAGGAGGAGGAGGAGAUCCAAGCGAAAAGGAACAUGUGACGGCUUUUUGACCAAUGUUCCCUGUAGGGUUUGGGAACAAAGUAAAGAUUUGUCGCCUAGAACACCUAGAAGAAAAUGAACAUGUUGUCUGCACUGAUUGCCCCCUACAAAUACAUGAGCCCAGCAGCCAAUUGCACAGAAGACGAGGACACAUUGAGCACCAGCAGUGCUGAGGUCAAGGAGAACCGCAACACAGGAAAUUUGGAAGAUUGCGCUAUUGUCCCGUCAGACUGCCAAACGCUCUUCCUGUCCGAUGCACCCAGGGAUGGGGCAUCUGGCCUCAAGCGAAAGCGACCUUUGGAGGAGGACAAUAACGGACACUUGCGCAAAUUGCGUCUGUACUGCAAGAAACUGGCAUGGUCCGAUGCACCAAAGAACGCACUGGUCCAGUUGAACGAGCUGAGACCAGGUCUACAGUAUCGGAUGGUCUCUCAAACAGGACCGGUGCACGCUCCUCUCUUUUCCAUCGCCGUGGAAGUCAACGGACUCACGUUCGAGGGCACCGGCCCUACGAAGAAAAAGGCGAAGAUGAAGGCAGCCGAGAUGGCCCUAAAGUCAUUCAUCCAGUUUCCCAACGCCUCGCAAGCUCACUUGGCCAUGGGCGGCCUGAGCAACCCCACAGCCGACUUCACCUCGGACCAGGCCGACUUCCCGGACACACUGUUCAAAGGCUUUGAGCCUGACGGCUGCCGCUCUGCCGAGAGCGAGUUGCUGUCUAGCGCCCUCCGUUUGCGCCACACAUUGGACUUGAUGGUGGUGCAGGCCAGGCAAGGAGAUCCCUGCCUCCCCUCACCUCCGGAUCCCGUCACCCAGCCCAGCCCGGUCGUCCUGCUCAAUGACCUGCGGCCCGGCCUGCGAUACGCCUGCUUGUCGGAGCGUGUCCAGGGCAAACGGGCACACCGCAGCUUCGUCAUGGCCGUUCGAGUGGACGGCAGGAUAUUCGAGGGCUCGGGUCGCAGUAAGAAGCAGGCGAAGAGGCAGGCGGCUCUGUGUGCCCUGCAGGCGCUCUUCAACUUCAGGCUGGCACCUGAGGCGAGAGCGGGACACCGGCCCAGUAGGAUCAAAUGCCCUCAUUUGCCCCAGGAGUUUGCGGAUGCGAUAUUCCACCUGGUGCGAGAGAAAUACACAGAGCUGGCCGGCUGCUCCUCGCUGCUGCACGCGCGUCACAAAGGCCUGGCGGGCAUCGUCAUGACCAGAGGUCUAGAUCUGAGACAGGCCCAAGUGGUGGCGCUAUCGACCGGCACUAAAUGCAUUAAUGGAGAGUAUAUUAGUGACCAGGGCCUGGUGGUCAACGACUGUCAUGCUGAAAUCACCACCAGACGAGCCCUGCUGCGGUUCCUGUAUUCCCAACUAGAGUUGCACCUCAGCAAAAGGAAAGAGGACUGGGAGCAAUCGAUCUUCGUACGGCACAAAGAUUCCUGUUUGAGACUCCGAGAGAAUGUCCUCUUCCACAUGUACAUCAGUACGUCGCCCUGCGGGGACGGCCGUGUCAACUCACCGUAUGAAAUCACCUCCGAUUUGCACAGCAACAGACACUUGGUGAAGAAGUUUCACAGCCACCUACGGACAAAGAUUGAAUCAGGGGAGGGUACGCUGCCCGUGAAGUCCACGGGUCCUGUGCAGACGUGGGACGGAGUCCUUCAAGGAGAACGUCUCAUCACCAUGUCAUGCACCGACAAGAUUUCCAGGUGGAAUGUGCUAGGCCUACAGGGGGCACUACUUAGUCAUUUUGUGGAGCCGGUGUAUCUGUACAGCCUGACGGUGGGCAGCCUGAGACACACAGGUCACUUCUCUAGGAUGAUGAACCACAGGUUGGAGAAAGUCGGGCCUCUGCCCACCUGCUACCACCGUAACCAGCCUCUACUGAGCGGCCUGAGCAACAGCGACUGCAGGCAGCAGGGCAAGUCCGUGUGUUACAGUGUCAAUUGGACGGCAGGUGACACCCAACUGGAGGUGCUCAACGCGUCUACUGGGAAGAGAAGAGACACCGGGGCUCCAUCCAGACUUUGCAAGCAUGCACUUUUUGAACGUUGGAUCAGACUCUAUCGCAAGCUGGUGGUCCGUGGGACGAGUGGUACGCCGCUGUACUGUGAAGCGAAGCAGGCGGCCGGCACCUACCAGACUGUGAAGCUGCAGUGGUUGAAGGGUCUACAGGAAGCAGGAUUAGGGACCUGGGUCAGAAAACCUCCUGAGCAGGAAAACUUCACUCUGACUGUAUGAGUGCGGAAACCUGACCUCGUCACCAAAACCACCUUCACCUUGCAACCAGUCGCCACAGAAGCCCUAUCUCACCCCUAAAGUCAACAACAUCCCACUGCCAAAAAAUCUCCACAGGGAGAUGACAGGAGUCACGACUAGGUGAUAAACCUUGUUCUGUCAAAUUCUCGCAAAAUGUUGCUACCAAGGUAAAGAUAAGGCACGGAAUCCUAACCCCUAACCUGAAUCUGAGUAACCUUCCAUUGGAAGCGCAUCCCCAAUAGAUAGCAUUACUAUUUGUUGCAAUUAAAUCCCUGCCAAAAGUCUAGACUUUUAGUCAGGUUGACUUUGUGAUAGGGUUGACCAAUGACAUAGACACAUGUACGGUUAAUGUUCCGACAUUAUGAAAGAUCUUAUACCCAUCCUCAACAUUUGAUUAAAACAUAGAACAAUAGUGUACCACCUUGUUCUAGCUAGUCAAAAAAUGUUUCCCAACCCCCGAGUGCUAUGCUAAGAACAAAUACAACACCAAAUGAUUUUCUAGCAUUUCUAAUCAGGAUCAGAAUUGAAUACCCAAAAAGUUGAUUCCAAUGGAAUUGCUUUUGUGUCCAAGGAGGAUAGGAUCUUGAAGGACAUCAAAAGCAAUGUAUUCCACUGCUAGGGUUGUCAACUGUUCCGUAUAAUAUGGUAUCGUUCCGUAUUUAAGGCAUCAAAGAAGCAGGCAUAUACCGUAUGACCUAGACCAUACAAAUUCUCAAUUGAUGAUUAAUCAAUCUUUUUGCACAAAUCAUUGUUUGAAUUGCAAUCAUAGCCAAUUGUGCAAGGCGUUAAGACCAUGCAGAAUCCUCUGACAUCUGGUCACUCCUGCUUUACUGAUAACAAUUCAAUUCAAGUUUCUACAUUAUAUUUAGAAAUAGGUUAUUAGUGGUGACUAUGGUAGAAAUGUACAGUAAAAAUCAUGCAGAUAGCUACAAAUUACACAAUCAAACAGACGGUGAACACUAUUAAUGAUUAUAUGCUAUGAUUCAACUAACAACAAUUCCAUUUCACCGUCCACGUUUUGAUUUUGGAAAAUGCAAACAAUGUGAUUAUUUAUCAUAAGCACAACAUCUAGCUAGGCAAGAAAUAAAAUGCCGUCUACCUGAGGGAAGAUGUCGUUUGUAAUUAAUAUAGUUAAAUAGCGCAAAAAAUUUAACAAAUUUUAACCUCUAGCGUGUCUUAACUUGGACCUCAAUACUGAAGCACAAAUUGAAACACCAAAAGCAGCCUACACUCUCUAAAUUCUCUUUAAUUGAAAAUUAUUCAUUUUCAUGAAUUCAGGCUACAUGGUUGCAAUAACAUGUUAGUUCAAAAUUUUAAGCACCAUUGUUUUAAAAAAAAAUGCUUUAUUGACUAACGUUUCAUAGAUGUUCAAUUGUUAUGCUUUUAAGUUUUGAAUGCAUGUAAUUUCACAGUAGGCUACAUAGUACACAGUUCAACAUAACAUUAAACUAUAACAUUCUUGUAAUGAGUCCCAGAAGCUUCCGGAAUACCUUUAGUGUGAAGGAAGAUCAUAUCAAAAUUGCUUUGUCCUCGUGUAACACUCUCAAGAUUUAAUUUUCUCUGCAUUUCGAUAGUUGCAGUGGCCAUUGAGGCUAAAUGCAGAAGCGAUCAUGCUUAGUCCAUUAAUUGUAAAAAUAAUUUUGAUUUGUCCAUCGGUAUUUAAAAACCAAAAAUAUGGAAGGUUAGGGUUUCCCUUAAGGGGUGCUUUGUUCUGAGAAACAAUGUAUGUAGCUUUCGUGAGACUUCUGGCAGAACAAGGGUUACCAGCUACGGAAUCGACAACAAGGGGAAAUGUAAGAAACGGGGACAAUUUUCUCACAAGAUGGUCACCUCUCUCUCUCUCUCUCUCUCUCUCCACUGACGGCUCUCCUGUAGCCGUCAUUCAAACGUGUGUGUGUGUGUGUGUGUUAACCUUUGCCAAAGUGAAAGGCAGCCGCCGUCUUGUCAUUAUCUGCCCGUUUCCGGAUGGCCUGCCCCUGAAGAGCUCCGACACGCUGUCCAAUUAGAGGUCCUGUCAGAGUGAUGCGUCCCUCAUUUUCCUCUCUCUCCUUUGCCUUUGGUUCAUUGGUACAGCUUCAAAAUGGGGAAAAAAGAGGGAACGAAAAACAGUAGGGGUUGACAUUGCAAAGACAGGUUAAUUCAGCUCCAUUUCGGGUGCGCAGGUUAGAGGUAAUGGUGACAAGCUAAUGUAAAUGGUGCCAUUACGACACCCCGGGUCUCUUGCCGUUUUUUGAGCAGGGACAGCUUGCUGCUUUAAUACCUCAAUCCCGCUCACCGGUGACGUGUCAUUUCUCCGCUAGUUUCUCUUUGUGUGUCAGUGCUGUAUCUUUACACAGGGUGUUCCGGGCAGAGACCUGCCUGAAAAGAAAGGGAAACGUCGGCGGUUUGAUGUAGGCACAAAAGACGAAAAGAAAAUGGAGUUAAGAGUGCGAGUAGGGAUCCGUGAUUAUGGAGUCAUUUGUUGUUAAUGGAUUCAUUUAAAAACCGAGCACAUUACAAAUUGCUUCGUAAAGCCCGACCCAACCUUUGAAACGCAUGCCACUUUAACCGAGGUUUAACCAAUGAUUCUCCUGCAUUCGUUUAUUUAAUUUAUAGAUGCAUCUCAUUCAUGUCUUUUUGAUUUAGAUGUACGCUAUUCUGCGAUUUAGUAUGCGUGCUUAAACCUUGAAUCAUUUCGUCAAGUUAUCACUAUUUGUCUGUGAAGAUGUUUAUUGUUGUAUACAAAUACAAUCAUAGUACUCCAUGAUUAUUAUAUUUUAAUUGACUCGCAACAUUUAUUGGUUGAUUCCUUUCUUUGCAUAGUUCAUUAUUGCUUUGAGUAUAUUAUCACAGCACAUGUUUUUGUUUUUCAUAAGCUUUCAGUAUGUGUUUUCAAAUGCCACUUUGUCAACCUUUGCCGAGAUGCCAUGUAUCCACCCCUUUACAAAUAGCUCAAGAUGUUACAGGGACACCUAGUGGUGGCAAAUAUAUUUAAGGUUUUCUCUGCCCCCUGUUUAAUGUCUAUGUUUUAAAUAAUGAAUCCAUCCCAGCUUAAAUGUGAUCAUUUUUGUCUACCAAUAGAAAUAGAAUAUCAAUAGAAAGAGGGUGAAACUGACAGACCGAAAUAAUGUAACUCAGCAUUACCUACCUUUGGCUUCUUUCCGUUAUCUGGAUUUAUUUUAUUCCCAAAUAUUUCUAAAAGGUUCAACUUGAUACUGAAUGGAAUGAUCUGUUUCAUAGUUAUUUCCACCACACUGACAACCCAGUUUGAAAUUGACAUAAUUGGAAAGACUGUUAAUGCACGUGUGUCUUAUAUGUACUUGUGUUUCACUUACCUUUUUUUUUUGGACAACAUUUGUUUUAUGUUUGGGUUGAACUUUUUCCUUCAUUACAACAGAAACAUUAAAAGCCCCUGACAAAACUACAUUUCAAGUAAUUCAGUCGUAAGGCAUGAUUGAAUGGCAAUAUUGUACUAAUGACUGUACAUUUUGUAAAAAUUUGUAAAAAAAAAAGAAAAAAUUAAAAGAAUACCUUCAAGAUAUCUCUCAAUAAUGUGUAAAUUUUAACCCAAAAGCAUAUGCUGCUA